AUGCUCUGCAUCGACAUGCUCAUGUCCAUGCCAUCCAUGGAGCACAUAGCAGGACCGGUUUCCGCGGUCAUCCCAGGCGCUGUCGAGGUCGCCAUGUUCAUGCGAGACGUGGUACUUGUGCCUUUCGCCAUGGCGAUAUCGGUCAUAGUAGAGGAGGCCAUGCUCAUGCCUAACAUGUCCAUGCUGAACGGGCCUUUGUUGCUGGUCGAUCCCGGCGCGAUGGGUGGUCCACCAGGCCUGGAUGCUUGUUCGAAUGAGAUAUCGAAAGCUUGCGGGCUCUCCAAGACGAUAGAGACACACGGCCACAGUGCAAGCACCAAUUUGCCACCGACUCCCACGAGGUAG